UUCACCGAUCGAUUAUCAGUUUACUCUUGUUCUUUAACAAUAAAGCAGCUAAUAAACAAAAACACAACCAAAAUGUUCAAAUAUUUCGCACUUGUCUUCGUCGCCCUCUUCGCCUUCGCUGCUGCCGAACCUAAACCAGCUGUGGUUGCCGCUCCUUUGGCCUACUCUGCACCAUUGGUCGCUUCUCCUUACGCUGCCGCCUAUGCUGCUCCAUAUGCCGCUUACGCCGCUGCUCCUUAUGCUGCCUACGCUUCACCCUAUGCCGCCUACUCCGCUUACCCAUACGCCAGCGCCGCUUAUGUGCUCCGCAAGUAAUUCAAAGAUGUGUACAUAGGAGAAUAUUUUUUCUCCAGAAAAGGCUGAAACUGAAUUUGAUAUGCUCUUAGAAGAAAUGUGAACAAAAAUAAACGAUAAAAAAAGAAAA